AUAUAUUCAAUCUAUUCAAUUGCAUUACACAAGAAGAAGAAAAGAAACUCUGUUUUAUCUUUGUUCAACAUAAUGACUUCAGAGCAAAAGAGAAGACAGAACCAGACUGACGAAAGAUCCAUCCAUGUCGAGAAAGACAGAGUUCCCAAAAUGGCUAGCCAUUUCGAGUCCCUCGCCGACAAAUCCUCCGAAACUGCUCACGAUAUUCAUCCCGCUGCUUUCAGCGUAACGGAAACGGUAGUUACAACGCAACCUGAAGACGCCGGAAAAGACGCCGGAAAAGAAAGGGAAGUUCGCCCCGGCCAUGCACAGCACAAAGACAGAGCAGCUCACAACGCCGCUCAGCCGGUAAAAGUUGGAGGGCUGGAGUUCUCAAGCGGUGGGCAGAACAUAACGGAGAAAGAUCACCAGCAAUUUUCUGCUUCUCAUCAUCAACCCUUUGAAGAGAAGCCGGUUGGGGUGAAGUUUUACGCCGGCGGUCGCGAUCAAGGAGGAGAGACCAACAAAAACAGGGGAAGUCUGGAGGAGAUAGGCAAGUCCAGACAAACGGCUCAACAGAACUCCAUAGAUGCUCUUCGAAUAGCUCAGGAGAAGUACGAGAAGGCCAAAGAAUCGGCAACCCAUGUUGUUGGUUCCGCGGGAGAAUUGGCCGGGAAGGCUAAAAACACCGCUCUUCAGAAGGGCCAGGAAGCCUUCGAGAUGACCAAAGAUUAUACCGUUCCCAGAACAGAGCAGGCAAGAGAGACACUAACAAAAGCCGGAGACGUGGCGAAGGAUUACACUCUGCAGGCGAAAGACCGUGGGGCGGAAAUGGGCAAGAACGCCUCGAGCUUUACAGGGCAGAAAGCGGCGGCAGCGAAAGACACCACGGUGGAAACCGGGAAAGUGGCGGCGCAGUAUGCUGGGAAAGUGGCGGAAACCGUGAAGGACAAGGCGACGGUGGUGGGUUGGGAGGCUGCGCGAUUCACUGCUGAAAGGGCUGCAGAUGCCACCAACCUUGCAGCCGGAGUGGCAGUGACCGUGGCCGGAUAUGCCGGACAAACGGCUGUAGCCGCCAAGGACGUGGUAGCAGGGGCCGGAAAGAGUGCGGCGGGGUACGCCGGGGAUAAAUUGGCAGCUGCGAAGGAUUAUGUAGUGUCUGCUGAAGAAAGUGCAGCCCAGUAUGCAGCUAGGAAGAAAGAAGAAGCUCAGAGGGAAGCACAAGCAAAAGCAGCCCAGAGAAAAGCAGCUAAACCCGAUCAAAAAUCAACAGAUUCAAAGGGAGGAAGCGGAGGGGGAAGCAAAUUCAGCGGCAGCGAAACUAAGCAAGAAAGAGGGAGUGCGGGAGAAACAGGCACCAGGAGAAGGGAACCGGUGGGGAGGGAAAAGGAGGAGCAUGACGGAGGAAAAGGAAGCGGAGGCGGCGGAGGGGUUCUCCAAGCGAUCGGCGAAACUAUAGUCGAAAUCGGGCAGACUACGAAAGAGCUGGUUAUUGGGAGUCCUGACCAGCCGCGGUCUUUAGGUCCUGAGGAAUAAAUCCAAGCAAUAUGCACUUUUGUGCUCAGUGUGUGUGUGUGUGUGUUAAUUUAGUAACAAUAAGGGAUGAACAUGGAUGGGAGUUUUAUUGUGUAUGAAAAAUGUGUUAAAUGAUUUGUGCUCUUUUCCCCACUGAUAGAAGGGUGACAAUUCAAAAAUAACCUUGCUAAACUAUCCCUGCAUUGCUUCAUUAUAAG